AUGGGUGGCAUGGACAGGGAUCGUAUGUUGGACGUCACUCAGGUAUGCUGGUUGGCAGAGCUGCUGCAGAACUUCAAGCGCUGGAUCGUCACGUACCACGAGCACGACUCGCUGCUCGAGAACCGGCCGGACGAGGGCCUCACCGAGGAGGAGAGGAAGGCCGCGUGGGAGGAGUACGAGAACGAGAAGAAGGGAGUCUUCACAAACAGAGGCUGGGGUACCGGUGGCUGGGAGAACCAGUUGAAGAACGCCGGUCAGGAGUACGAUGCGACAGACGUGACAAUCACCAGCGAAGACAUGGCCAAGCUUCAGCUGGAACUACGUCUUGCAGUGAGUAGCAGCAUGGCCCUCGCUCGCUCAUCCACGCUAGCAAUCACUCAAUAA